AUGUUCAAGGAUCCAAGGGCAACGAUCAAGAGCGUCGACAUGGCCGAAGAGAUGCAACAGGACGCCAUCGAGGUCGCCAUCAGGGCAUUCACACAAUUCGCGAUUGAACGCGAGAUGGCCGCGUACCUCAAGAAGGAAUUCGACCGAAAGUACGGUCUUACUUGGCACUGUAUCGUCGGACGCAACUUUGGCAGCUUUGUCACCCAUGAUAUGGACCCUAUCGAUUAA